CGAUGUGAUAAGCUUGCCCAUCUACACGAUAAUUCAGAAGCCAUGGCUGGAAUGGAGAAAAAGUCGCCUCAUCUACUCCGUUCCCAUAUUCCCGGGGAAACCACUGUCAGCGGGGAUGACCAGAGCCCACAGUAGGAAUAGGGGAGGACUCGACGGGCUACAACAGAUGGAGCAACUCAUGCGGAGAACCGUGAAGCUGUAUGGGGAGAAACGCGGCUUCGGAACAAGAGAGGUUUUCUGUGAAGAAGAGGAAGUCCAACCCGAUGGGAAAGUUUUCAGGAAGUAUACGAUGGGAGAUUACCGCUGGCUGACCUACAAGGAGAUCGAUGAGCGGAUCGAUCUCAUAGCCGCUGGACUUUUCAAGCUGGGCGUGAGACCGCGUCAGAAUCUCGUCAUACUUGCGGAAACCCGGAUGGAGUGGAUGCUCACAGCUCAGGCAACUCUAAGAAACAAUAUUCCUCUCGUCACCGUUUAUGCAACCUUGGGAGUAGACGGAUUCGUUCACGCUCUCAACGAGUCCGAGUCAACUCAUGUGAUAACUUCGCAAGACAUGUUGCCCAAACUGAUCAAAGCCGCUCCUCGAGUCAAAUCAGUGACACAUAUCAUCUACAUGGAAAAUCAAGCCUCAAAGCUUGCGGCCCCGAAAGUUGAUGGCAUCAAUCUCAUUCCCUUUUCUAAACUCUACGAGCUCGGAAAAAUCAAUCUCGAGUUUUCCGGUGAGAUCCCGACUCCGGAUUCAACCGCCAUCAUCAUGUACACCUCAGGAUCGACUGGAACUCCGAAAGGAGUCGUGAUAACGCACAGCAAUCUCCUGGCCUGCGCCAAGGGAUAUUUGACCAUUUUCCCGGAAACGACAGAGAAAGACAGUUACGUUGCAUAUCUGCCACUAGCUCACGUCAUGGAAAUCGCCUGCGAGUCGAUGAUGAUUUCGAACGGCGCCAGAAUCGGCUACUCGUCCCCCCAAACUUUGACCGACAAGGGAACUGGGAUCAAGGCCGGACAAAGAGGAGAUGCCAUAGUCUUGGAGCCGUCGAUGAUGGUGACGGUUCCAGUUAUUCUCGACAGAAUACGAAAAGGAGUUGUUGAAGGCGCCGAGGCGAAAGGAUUCUUCAGCAAACUACUAUUCCGACACGCAAUCGUCUACAAGUCGUUCUGGGUGAAGGCUGGUUACACGACUCCGCUGCUGAAUCGUCUCGUUUUCAAUAAAAUCAAGGCAGUUCUCGGUGGCAACGUACGAGUUGUCGCAGUCGGCUCGGCCCCCCUCUGCGCCGAGACAUUCGACUUCGUGAAAAUCUGUUUCGACAUCCUUCUCUUGCGCGGAUACGGUCUGACUGAAACCACGUCCGGGGCCGCGGUAUGCGAGUUCACCGACAACUCCGAUGGAUCCAAUGUCGGCUGUCCGCUGGUGGAUGUAUACAUCAAGCUGGAUAAUUGGUCCGACGGUGGGUACACUGUCAACGACAAACCCAAUCCGAGAGGCGAGAUCCUGGUCGGCGGAGUGACAGUCGCGAAGAGUUACUACAAGAACGAGUCCCUCAGUCGUGAAGUUUUCCUAGAGGAGGAUGGAAUACGCUGGUUUCGUACCGGCGAUAUAGGGGAGCUCCUACCGAACGGAACCCUGAAGAUUGUCGACAGAAAAAAAGAUCUCAUCAAACUACAGUUCGGGGAAUAUGUUUCUCUCGGGAAGGUCGAGGCCGAAUUGAAAACGUUGCCACUGGUCGACAACAUCUGCGUCUACGGCAACUCGUAUUACACGUUCAUGGUGGCACUCAUUUCGCCGAAUCCCAAAGCACUCGAGGCGCUGGCUGCGCAAAUAGGGAUCGAGAAUAAGAGCUUACGAGAGCUUUGCGAGAACCCAGAGAUCGUCCGGCUCGCCACCGAGCAGCUCGUGCGUCACGGCAAACAUUGUAAUCUCAACAAGAUGGAAAUUCCGGCGAAAUUCAAGCUGUGUCCCGAAGAGUGGAUACCUGACUCGGGUCUGGUCACGGCGGCCCUGAAGAUACGAAGGAAGCAAAUUAAUGACUUCUACAAGAUGGACAUCGACCGGAUGUACGAGGACUCCAAGAAUGUCUGAUGUUGUUUUUGCUCGAACGGGGAAUAGUUUCUUUUCGCUCCUUGACAAAGUCGACCUGACUCCGUUACGUGGAGACCAUGUUGGAACACUGUAGGCUCCGAGACUUUCAUGCAAUAUUCUCCUAAGCUGGGGCAACCACGCUGGAUAUCGGCGAGGACGUGCAUGACGUCGUGAUUUGAAAUUUCAUUAAACCCUCCUCGCGGUGGGAACCAGGUUACGAAUCGGCGAGCGAUAGGCAAUCGAUGAUUAAGGAGGUGGUCUUCCCACGCGGGAGUCUGUAAGGAUCUGUUAGGAUAAUGUUCCUCGGCGUUGUUGAGUUUGGGUCGACGAAGAGUGAGCUAAGACGCGAUUGAGAUCGGAGCUCCGCGCACGCAGGAUCUCUGCGAUCCCCUCAUCGGCUCCUCCAGAAUGAGUCGGGGAACGAUGUUUAAGGACAAUGUCUAAAACAGUGAAACGUUGUGAUUUCUACAGCUGUAAGUCGAUGAACAGUAUUCAAGAAAGUA